CAGUUCAGAAAGUGAGAAGACCUUCGACUUUCAAAGUACCCGAGGAAUAUAAAAGCCGCUUAAAGACGGCACUAUCAACACACUUCUUUCUCAACUGUAUUCAGAAGAGCAACAGAACAACUGAAACUCCCACAGAAUGAAAUUCAUCAUCGCUCUCGCUUUCUUGGCCGUCGCCAUUGCCGCACCGCAAGGAGACAAGAAGCCAAUUGAAAUCAUCUCAUCCAACAGUGAAAUGAACGCCGAUGGCAGUUACUCGUUUGCUUUCGAGAGUGAGGACGGUACUAAAGUGCAGGAAAGCGGCAGCCAGAAACAAGUCGGACCUAAACCCGAAGACAUUGGAACCGUCUCUAAAGGAUCUUAUUCUUACACCAGCCCCGACGGCGUCGUCAUCACUGUCAACUGGGUUGCUGAUGAGAACGGUUUCCAGGCUACCGGUGAUCAUUUGCCUACACCUCCUCCGAUGCCCGCCCAUGUCGUCAAACUAUUGGCCGAUCUGAAAGCUGCUGGUCUUCUGUAAAUUUGCUCCCGUAUUGUCUACACACACGUGAUACAUGCUCUGUUCGCUUUGUACAAGUUUCGCGUUGUUGUUCCUCCUGCUCUUCUCGUGAAAAAUACAGCCAAUUGCGUAAA